UUUUUCGUAACAUCAAUAACAAACUUCUCUCGCCCGAACUUUUUUCUAGGAGUUAUUUUAAAAGAUGUCAAAUCUACAACCACCCCCACAUCAACAUGUGACAGUGGUACAACAACCACCGACCCCCGUCUUUAGAGACAUCCCGGUCAACAUGGUCUGUCAACAUUGCCACCAUCAAAUAACAACUGCUAUUUCCUUCGAAACUGGAACUCUUACCUGGAUUAUCUGUGGCGUUUUGAUUUUAUUUGGGUGCUGGCUUGGCUGCUGUUUGAUUCCUUUCUACGUUGAAGGUUGUAAAGACUGUGUUCACACAUGUCCAAACUGUCACCAAGUCGUUGGCAAGUUUACCAGAAUAUGAACAUCCGGCAUCGGACCAAACAACCAUUAAAAACUGGUUACUGUU